AUGGAUGAAAAAGAAAACAACAAGAACAAGAAAAAGAAGCAAAAGCAUAAGCACCCAAAUGACCAAUCCUCCUCGGAUUACUCUUUCAAACCCUCAUCGGAAGUCAAAGGUCUCCGUUUCGGCGGCCAAUUCAUCGUCAAAUCCUUCACCAUCCGCCGUGCUCGCUCCCUCGAACUCCUCCGCCUCCUUUCUCUCCCACCACCAAUCGCCACCCAAAACAAAACCCCAUCCGUCUUCCCCUCCACCACCGCCUUCCUCCCCACAAACUUCACCAUACUCGCCCACCAUGCAUGGCACACCCUCACCCUCGGCCUCGGCACCAAGAAAUCCAAGGUGGUCUUGUUCGUGUUCGAAUCGGAAAAAAUGAAGGUGGCCCUGGACCGGCUGUGGCCGGCGGAGUUACCCUUAGGGGAAGUGAACCGGAAACUGAUCAGAGGACUCACCGGCUGUGAGAUGUCCCGGUUCAAGUUCAGAAAAGGAUGCAUAACUUUUUACGUUUAUGCCGUGAGACGAACUGGGAACCUAGGGUUUUCAUGUGCAGAUGAUCUGAGGGUAAUUUUGGAAUACGUGGUGGCGUUGAAUGAUUUCUUGGAUCAUACCUCCAUGCUCGCCAUGCCUAACCAGAGAAGCAUUAGCUUCGCUCCCCCUGCUGCCAUGGCUCACUAGCCUUGUGAAAUCACCAUAAUACCACCAUUUCUUCUUCUUCUUCUUCUUCUUCUUCUUCAUCAUGUCUUUACUUUUCAUGACUGCAAGUUCAUAUUUUCUUGAAUUAAUCUUGGGGGGAAUUAAUUUUUUGAUUAAAUUUUUGUGGGAUUCUAUAUUUUUGCAAUCUGUUUAAUGUAACUUGGGAUCAAUAAAUUGGGUGUGACAUUAAUC